AUGGAGAAGACAGAUACUAUCCAGGACGCAGCGCCGCUGGAUCGGUAUGAAUCUCAUGCCAAGGGCGAGCUCGAGCUCAAUGUGGGUGGUCGCGGUGCCACUCAGCGCCGACUGCGCAAUUAUCAGGUCACUAUGAUCGGUUUUUGCAGUGGUAUUGGAACAGGUUUGUUCGUUGGAACAGGGUCGGCCUAUGCUAAGGCUGGUCCUGCUGGUUUGUUGUUGGCAUAUAUUCUCGUCGGCGCUGUGCUGUGGUGUGUCAUGCAAAGUAUCGCCGAGUUGGCGACUGUCUUCCCCACCGCCGGUUCGUUCCCUCACUGGGCUACUCGCUUCAUUGAUCCCUCCGUCGGAUUUUCGCUCGCCAUUUCAUAUGGAUAUUGUUAUACGAUUGCCAUUGCCUCCGAAACCUCCGCCGCCGCCGUUAUCGUGGAAUAUUGGUCAGAUAUAACGCCGGCCGUGGUAAUCACGGUUAGCUUGGUUCUUAUAUUGGCGAUCAAUUUGUGCAGUGUGCGAUUCUAUGGUGAAACCGAGGUGAUUGGCGGCGCUAUUAAGGUGCUCUGCUUCUUGGGCCUGGUCAUUGUCUCCAUUGUCAUCACAGCUGGCGGUGGUCCCAACGGUGAGACCAUUGGCUUCCGCUUUUGGCAUAAUCCGGGUCCUUGGGUUGACUACGAUGGCAUCACUGGGGCCACGGGUCAUUUCCUCGGAUUCGUGUCCUCGUUCGUCAACGCCUCGUUCAGUUUCAUUGGUGUCGAAUGUGUGGUUAUCACCGCCGCUGAGUCUGUCGAUCCUCACCGCGCUAUCCCCAAGGCUGCCCGUCGUGUCACCUAUCGCAUCGCCUUCUUCUACAUCCUCGGCGCGCUCCUUAUCGGCCUUAUUGUGAACCCAACAAACUCCGCCCUGACAUCGGGCGACGACAACGCGAACAGCUCACCUUUCGUUAUUGCAAUCAAGGAGGCGGGUAUCGUUGCUCUGCCAUCCAUUGUGAAUGCCUGUAUUCUGGUUGCGGCAUGGUCUGCUGGAAAUUCUUACUGCUGGGUCGGAUCGCGCAUGAUCGUCGCUAUGACUACCGACCACCAGCUGCCCCAGAUCUUUGGCCGUUGUGACAAGAGGGGUGUGCCAUACGUUGCGGUUAUCACCGCCUGGCUCUUUGGCCCGUUGGCUUAUCUGAGUCUUGGAUCUGGUGGCGCGUCACAGGCUUUCACUUGGCUCCUCAACUUGAGUACAAUCGCUGGCCUGAUUGCAUGGGCUACUCUGUGCUUCUGCUAUAUCCGAUUCUACGCUGCCAUGAAGACGCAAGGUGUCUCUCGCGACACUUUGCCGUGGAAAGCACCGUUCCAGCCAUAUGCAGCUUGGUUUGGAUUCGUUGGUUCCACCAUUAUCACAUUGGUCGCCGGAUUUGAAGUCUUCUUGAAGGGCCAUUGGAGCACCUCUGACUUCGUUGCAUCAUACAUCGGCAUUCCCAUUUUCAUUGUGCCGAUCAUUUGUUGGAAACUGUGGUUCCGCACCAAGUUCCUCCGCGCCCACGAAAUUGACCUUUGGUCAGGGCGUCUCCAAGAUGGAGAGAUCACGCCACACAAGAACCCCCGCAAUACCUGGUAUGGGCGGUUUUUCGAUUGGCUUAUGUAA